AUGCACAUGCACAUGCACAUGCACAUGGACGACGACGACGAGAAUGAAACCUACGGCACCGGGCUCCUCAUGCAAGACCCUCGCGACUACUACCCCCCCUCGCCGCCGCCGACGAAGCAGGUCUUCACCAUGCAGGGCGGCAAGCAAAUCACGCUCCAUCUGGUGGGACACAGCCCUACCGAGGCCCAUCACCUCUGGAACGGCGCCAAGUUCAUGGCCGACUACUUUGAGCACGACCCGUCCAGGGUGGCAGGCAAGUCGGUGCUGGAGCUCGGAGCGGGGGCCGGGCUGCCGUCGCUCGUGGCGGCCAUCCUGGGAGCCGGCAGGGUUGUCAUGACCGACUUUCCGGACCCGGACCUGGUGGCCAACAUGCAAAAGAACAUUGACGCGUGCGACGAGACGGUUGAGCCGAGGGGGCUCAUUGAGCGGACCGUUGACGCCGUCGGGUUUGUCUGGGGUGCCGAUGCCGAGCCGCUGCUGGCCAGGCUCGGCGGGCCUCGUCGCGGACAAGAGGGGGACGAGGACGAGGACGAGGACGUACACGGACACGGACACGGACACGGGCAGUCAUGCCGGUUCGACGUCUUGGUGCUGGCCGACCUGCUCUUCCGACACUCGGAGCACGGGGCCCUCGUCAGAACCAUCAAGGAGACGAUGCGGAGAAGCCGCGGCAGCGUGGCCUACGUCUUCUUCACCUCGUAUCGGCCAUGGAAGCAGGAUCUGGACAUGAAGUUUUUCGACGUUGCUCGCGACGCAGGCCUCGAGGUCGAGCAGGUCUCGGAGAGGAAGCUGGACCGGCCUCUCUUUGAAGGAGACCCGGGCGACUUGGAGGUGCAAAAGACGGUCAAGGGAUUCGAAGUGCGCUGGCGGCUUGAAGACUGCUGCAGCUUGCCAUAG